AAGAAAGGUUUGUAUAACAGGACAUACUAGAGAAUCAAAAGUGAAAGUAAAGUGAUCCUAUGCGUUGCAAUAGCCUCGACUUUAUAUUUGACUGUACUUUCAACAGAUACCGACUAUGGACCUAGAAGAGAUCACUUUUUCUGGCUGGACUGCAAUUGAGGAGAAGAAGCUCCAUGCAGGCGAGAAGCCCAAAGACGAGAAAGUUUACACCAUGUACCAUGGCACGUUUCUCAAGAAUGUCCAGCGUAUUAUCACCAGUGGGUUCCAACGCUCGAGCGAUGGAAUGUUGGGAUCGGGGGUCUACGUGAGCCGUAAUAUCGACAAAGCAAAGUGUUACCCGCUGAAUGCUGACAAGAAGGAAGCCGUAGUGUUGAAGUUAAAGGUGCGGGUUGGCAAGGUGAAGAAGAUCGACAUUGAUAACCAUCCGCUUCAGAAGUCAUGGCACCAGAAUGGUUACGACAGUUGCUGGGUGCCACCAAACUGUGGCAUUACCGCUAUUAAAUCUGGCCGAGAAGAGGAUUGCGUCUGGGAUCCCGCCCGGAUUGUGGUGGUGGAUGUGGCCUGCUGUCUGGACGAUAAAACGCGCUGGGACCUCCGAAAGCAAAUACGCGGCAUGAAUAACCAUGGCGCAAAAGACGGGUGCAGCCAGUGCCACCAGAAUACCUCAAACACUGGGUCUCACCCUAUCCAAAGCUGUUGGACAUGCACCAAACAGAUUUGCCCCUUUCAGAAGAAGCAUAUGUGCAACAAGUAACAAGGCUACUUGCACAAACAACUAGUCCUACUUUGCGUGGCCUGUCUCGCUUUUGACCCAUCACCCAAUGUGACCUUGCAUACCAUUUUCAAAUUAAGCUUGUUGUCGAUGUCAUGUUUUAAUGUAUUUUGUGUAAUCAUUGCAACCUAAUUGUAUUGGGAUCGAAUUUGUUAACGGACUUGCCUGGUUAAAUAAAGUUUCAAUUGUAUUAGACAAAUUAAGCAAUAUAUAGGGCCGACAUGGGAAAACAACUUGUCAUUAUGUCAAAUUAAGAAUUUACAUUGGACGUUUUGUUGUAGCCUAAUUCUUUUGCAUGUUAUAUACGGUAAAGGCUAUGCUUUUUUAAAUUUUUAAAUGGACCAUACAGAAGCCAGCCUAGGCUACUUAGUUUCCUAAUAGGCUGCACUAAUAUCAAACGAGGAAAAUGUGUAAUAUUUGACGGAUACAGCUGUUUCUCGUGCCGCGUUCACGUGCUAGUCAGAACUAGGAAACUCAUUUCCGACUCGCUGAACUGGGCAAAACUAAUCAGUUAGCGAGUCGGACAUUUCAGAGUUUCCUAGUUCCGAUAAGCACGUGAACGCGGUAUCAGUCAAUGAACAAGCGUGUGUUCAGACUGUCUUGUCAAGUUUCUCCGCCUGAUGACCAAUGGACAGGACAUAUACUUCAUGGGUCAUCAUGACGAAGUGCCGGGAGAUAUGCGCGUUAGCCUGCUAGUCGGAACUAGGAAACUCGGAAAUGUCCGAUUAGUUAGCUAAUCGUUUAUGACUACAACCGGUUAGUAAAUUGGAAAUUUCAAAGUUUCCUAGUUAUGACUGGCACGUGAACGCGGCAUUAGCCGGGCGCAGUCCUACAGUGUGUGUAUAUAUCUGGUUAGGUGCACCUUCACCUCAGUAGGUGGCGGUACUUACUGUAAACGUCAUGGACACCUGUUUCAGAGAAUAGAGCAAGAUGGCUCCAUGGGAACCAGGAAGUAAAUAAAUGUCAUUGAAGAGUCAAUAGACUCAAUAGAGCCUCGAGAAGAUCAAUUAUGACAAUUUCAAAUCGUUUGCGGUAAGUUUAUAUGUCCCAAUUUGUUUUACAGUGGAACUAUAUGUAAAAAUGCAGAGUGUCAUGAACAAAAACGCAAUAGUUUGUCUCUGAUAUAAACUAUAAACAACCCAAAUACUGUU